CUCCACUUCGCGUGAAGUUGACUGCCUGCUCCUCUUCACCAUCUGGAUACAACAUGCCCGGCUGCCUUUCUGCGCUCUUGCCGUCGCGCAGCAGCAGGCGAGCCGCUGCGCCGGCUGCUCAUCGUCGAGCAGAGGAGAUUGCACAGGCUCAGGAGCACACCCUGCACGCGUGCUGCGGGUCCUUUGCGCUCCUCGACACAGAUGAGAAGCGCGCAUCGGACGACGACGAUGUCCCACCCGCCUAUCCCUUGACGGGCGUCCUCGACCAGCUGAGCUCCACGAUCAAGGCCAAGGUGGACGCGCUGUCCGGAGAACUUCGCGAUCUGAGCCUCAAGAUGUGGGACCUGCAUGAGGUCCGCUGGGAGGAAAGAAAGACGCAUGACCUCUUCGUCGAGUACCUUUCCCACCGCGACGGCUGGAAGGUCACCCCGCACGCCUUUGGUGUCGAGACGGCCUUUUCGGCAGAAUUCGUCCACCAGUCUGGGUCUGGUGCUAAGGGAGACAAGGUGCCGACGAUUGGCUUCCAGUCAGAACUCGAUGCGCUGCCGGGCAUCGGCCACGCCUGUGGGCACAAUCUCAUUGCCAUCUCGGGCGUCGCUGCGGCCUUGAGCGUGGCUGAGGCACUGGAGAAGCACGACGUCUCGGGACGGGUCAUCCUGCUCGGCACGCCAGCCGAGGAGGGCGGGGGUGGAAAGAUCAACCUGCUCCAGGCCGGCGCAUACAAGGACAUGGACGCCUGCCUCAUGGUGCAUCCCUCUCCCUUUGACAAUGUCGCACGCAUGCUCGCAGUCGUGCCCAUCUAUGUCUCCUUUGAGGGUGUCCCUGCCCACGCGGGUGCUGUGCCGUGGGAGGGGAAAAACGCCCUCGAUGCAGGCGUGCUGUCGUACAUGAGCAUCAGCGCACUCCGCCAGCAGAUCAAGACCGACUGCCGCGUACAUGGCAUCCUCCAGGGCACCGACUGGGCGCCCAAUGUGAUUCCAGACAACUGUAAGCUCGAGUACAAUGUGCGCGCGCCCACGGCAAAGGCGGUCGAGGAGCUGGCCGGCCGGGUGGAAAAGUGCUUCGAGGCAGCGUCCCUCGCCACGUCGUGCAAGGUCAAGAUUGAGCGCGGGGCCGUGUAUGCCGACGUCGCCAACUCGACGACGCUCACUACGGCCUACCGACAGUACAUGAAGAGCGAGUACGACCUCAAGGUCGACAGCGGCGUGUGGGAGGCUUCGACAGACUUUGGAAACAUUACCUACGAGUUGCCCGGCAUCCAUGCGCUGUACCAGAUCCCGCUUGGCGACCCGCACAAGAAUGGCAAUCACACCAAGGGAUUCGCCGAUGCAGCCAAGACGCCAGAGGCGCACGAGGCCACGCUCAAAGCCGCGACGGGCAUUGCCGUCAUCGGCGCAAAGGUCCUCGUCGACAAAGAGUUCAGGGACGAGACGUGGAAGGCCUGGAAGGAGGCUCGCAAGGACAAAUAGUUGCUUUGAUUGAACGGUUUAUAAGGUACACAGAUUGCAAGUGGCCGAAAUUAAUCAGAAGCCCUCCUGGGCCAAGUCUUCACAGAUAUUGAGAUAGAGGAGCUUAGGGUCAAACGGUUUGCGGCCUCCUACGGCGGCGGCCCUGAAGGUGCCUAGCCGGCGUGUCCAGCCAAUGAGGUCCAGGUGCGAGGCUGUAAGGGUGCCUUUGUACGAUGCCCACAUGCUCGAUGUCACACUGACCAGGCCGUCGU